CUGUCUGUCUGUCUGUCUGUCUGUCUGUCUGUCUGUCUGUCUGUCUAGCUAUCUACCUCUGUCAAUCUCUCAAAACCUCUGUGUCAAUUAACCUCACUAACUAUAUUUCUAUCCAUCUUUUUAAUCAAUAUCAUUAUCUAUUUUUCAGUCUUUAUUUCAUAAACUUCUCUCUCUAUCUGUCUUUGUGUUCCUGUCUGUCUUAUCCAUCAUUGUCAGUCUGUCUGUCCUUAGUCUUUCAGGUUGAUAUAAUGCCAGGGGGGUCUACAAAAAAGAUUUGUCCCUUUUGUCAGGGCAUUCUAUUUUGUGCACAGAAGAUCUGUUCUAAUUGUAAAAAGGAGCAGCCUCUGAAGCAGCGGCUCAAGAAGAAGCUUCAGAGGUUUGAUGAGAAGCGAGAGGAAUGGGUGGUUGGACGUAAGAAGAACCACAACAUUGCAUCCAUCAAGGAUGAAUCCAUUGUCAUGCUUGAAAAACUACAUGCCAGUGGAUACAAGCCAAUUUUGCUUCUUGGCAAGGAGACCAAGAAGAAAGAAUACAAGUGUGAAAUAUUAACCCCUCGCUGCAAACUCUCCACCUAUGCCCAGGACUACCUUCAGAAGAUAGGUUUAUUUUAUGAAUACCUUUGUGAAGGUUGGAACGAAGAUUCCAGUGGCCAUGAUGAUCAGCUGUUUACGCUGCACCCCACACCCAGUGACCCAUUGGAGAACACGAGCAACCGGGAGGAGGUGCGGAACACACAGGUGGAAGAGACAAAAAACAUGCUGGUGGAGCAGAUAAGCAACCAGGAGGAGCAGGUGGAACAGAUGACAAUUAAGGAGGAGCAGGUGGAGCAGGUGACCAUCAAGGAGGAAAAGGUGGAACAGAUGACUAUUAAGCAGGAGCAGGUGGAGCAGGUGACCAUUAAGGAGGAGCAGGUGGAGCAAAUGAGCACUACAGAAGGGCAGGUGGAGCAGAUGAGCACUAUGGAGGGACAAGUGCGACGCUCCAGCCGCUUUGCAAAGGCUUGUCUGGAGAAUCCCGGAGAGAUGACCUUGACUUCCUGAAAGGAGCUCAGGAGGUCCUUUUUGGUGAUCGAGGAUGGCCAAUAUCCACUCCUAAGGAGGUCCUUCAAGUCAGGGGUCCACUGAUGCUGGCACGUCUGACAAACAUAUAGUGGCUGAUGCAAGUCAAAACGCCCUGGGAACAAAAAAGAAUGUAAAAAAUGAUCCACAUAAUUUUACAACAGUUAAGUAAUUCUGCAUGUUGUAAAUGGUUGAGAGACAUUGCACAAGUUCCUAUAAUCCCAGUUCAGCAUAAUUAACCAUACCUAACUUCUUGUGUAGUGUCACACAUUGUUUACAUUUGUCUAACUCGCUAAAUUCCAAACAGCUGUGCUGUUUAGACUUCAUGCUGGAAGGAUGCAAAGGAUGUUAUUGUUUUGCAACAGCUAACAAAUUAUUAUUUUUUGUUUGCGAAGGACAAAAAUUAAAGAUGUAUGUCUUAGUUUCGGCUAAUGGCAAUACCAUGUGCUAUACAAUAGGUUUUGACACAACUGUAAUUGUAAGCAUAAUGGCACAGCACACUAUUGUGAAAAACAUAAAAUCUACAAAAUAUAC